AUAUGAGUGCCAAGAGUUUCAGGGCUGAUAAAUUAUGUUGUUUUCCUGACUUCAAUGCUGUUUACUUGAUAUGCAACAGAGCCUUAGAUGACGUGACUUUCCCGGGUUCAGUUGUCCAAGUGUGGGGUGUCUUCAUAUGAUGGUUUCUCUUUGUCCUCCUCUCUUCCUGAAGUUGCCCCCAAAGAUGUAAAAAUAAAAAUGACGCCAGCAGGCAAGAUCCAGGAAGGGAAGUCUGUUCAGCUGAAGUGUGAAGUUGGAAAGGCAAAACCCCAGAAUCUCACAUACGCAUGGUACAAAGAUGGCGAAUGGCUGGAGAUGGACUCUGCGACUGAAGAGUUGUCCAUUCCAGAAGUUACUUUAGCACACUCUGGCAGAUACAGGUGUGAAGCCAGCAAUAGUGUGGGCACAUCGCGGUCCUCACCAGUCACACUUAGUGUUAUUGGUUUCUUGUCUGAUGACAGUGGACUGAGGAAACAUGCUAACUCUUUGGUGGCCUGGAAAGGAUCCUGUGUGCUGAUUCCAUGCGAGAUCAGCAGAACAUUUAACUUUGCCACCGUCAACGCCACAGCUGUGGCUUGGUACUUUGAGCCUUUUUGGGACCACAAUUUGCCAGAUUAUAAUGGUACCUUGUUGUACAACAGCUUCAAAUUCACAGAAGGCAAUGCAAGAAGUGCUGCCUUUCAGGGUCGGGUGAAAUUUUCAGGGGACCUAGGUAAUAGAGAUUGCAGCUUGAUGAUCACUCAGCUCCAGAAAAGUGACAGCGGCAGGUAUGGGGCAAGAGUUGUUGCUUCUGUAGGAAACUAUCCUUGGAGACUCAAGUGGUUCCUUGAUGCCACAGUUAAUGUUACAGAGUCACCUCCAGAACCCAGGUUGGAAAUAGUCCCUGCGAUAGUCCAUCAAGGGAGGACUACAGAAGUGGUCUGCUCGGUGCCUUACCAUUGCACCAAUGUGCUCGUACUCUUGACUCUCAGUGGCUUAGAGAAGCAUCACUUGUCUCCACAAAUAACCAUCCUUGAAAAUCGAAUCACGAAGACGGUGACGUUUGAACCCACAUGGGAGGACAACGGGAAAACGGUGGGCUGCUCGCUGAGCAAUCUGGACGGGUCAGAGAUAUCCCACAGUACCAUGAAACUGAAUGUGAGAUAUCGUCCCGAGGAUGUCCAGCUUACCAUUAUGAAUGAUUUGCCAAUAAAGGAAGGAGAUGCCGUCAUGCUAAACUGCUCUGUGGGCAGAAGUAACCCUGGAAACAACUGGUACAACUGGGUUAAAUCAGAUUCACAUACAGUUGAACAUAAGUAUAGUGGCUCAAAUGUAUUGGCUUUCCCUGCGACACCUGGAUCUGAAACGUCUUACACAUGUGAAGUGUGCAACUAUGUUGGCUGUACCUCAUCCCAAGCAGUCACUGUGGAUGUUCAUUUUGCUCCCAAGGAAGUAUACAUUUUGGGAAUGACAGAAAAGGUGGUCCAUCAGUAUAGCCGUUUUCAGGUGAUGUGCGAAGUGAGAGCAGCUAACCCUCGAGAACUGAAAUACGCAUGGUACAAAGAUGAGCAACAGCUGCUGCAGGACUCUGCAGAUAAUGUGUUGACCAUCCAUGAAGUGAAACCAGAGGAUUCCGGGACCUACCAUUGUGAAGCAAGCAACAGCGCAGGCCCAUCACGCUCCCCAGCCAUUCUUAUAGAUGUCCGUUCCUGAUUUGUAGGGAUUUCAAAGAACUGAAACAAGCAGUCAUCAAUAUUGUGACCACCUUUUGAGAACAAAGAAGCAGAGCAAAG